AUGUCUAACGUCUUUUUCCCCUUCUCUAAGGCGCCUCUGCGCACGGUGAAGGAGAUUCAAUUUGGUCUCUUUUCGCCCGAGGACAUCAAGCGGAUGAGUGUUGUGCACGUUGAAUACCCAGAGACAAUGGACGAACAACGGCAGCGCCCUCGGACCAAAGGUGUGAAUGACCCGCGCUUGGGCACGAUCGAUCGCCAGUACAACUGCGAGACUUGCGAAGAGGGCCCAAAAGAGUGUCCCGGUCACUUUGGUCACAUCGAGCUCGCAUCUCCAGUGUUUCACAUUGGUUUCUUGACCAAAAUUAAGAAGCUUUUGGAGACUGUUUGCCACAACUGUGGAAAGAUAAAAGCUAAUACGUCCGAUUCUAAAUUUUUGGAAGCUCUUCGUAUGCGAGACCCGAAACGGCGCUUCGACCAUAUCUGGCGACUUUCGAAGGACGUUUUGAUCUGUGAGGCUGAUCCAUCACCCGACGAUGAUGAGUACCAAAAAGAGGGCCAGAAGAAACACCUCCACGGUGGUUGUGGCAACGCCCAGCCUACCGUUCGAAAGGAGGGAAUCACUCUUGUCGGCACAUGGAAACCCAGCAAGAGCAUGAUGGAGGAUGAGAUGGCACAGCCGGAGAAGAAGGUGAUCACUCCGGGCAUGGCUUUGAACAUCUUCCGGAACAUCUCUCACGAAGAGGUGCGCAUUAUGGGUCUCAGCAACGAUUACGCUCGCCCUGAAUGGAUGAUUCUUACCGUUCUUCCCGUCCCACCCCCAACUGUCCGUCCCAGUGUUAUGAUGGGCGCUACCAGUGGUUCUCGUGGUGAGGAUGAUUUGACCUACAAGCUGGCUGAAAUUGUUCGCGCGAACCAGAAUGUCCAGCGCUGUGAACAAGAGGGCGCACCGGAACACGUUAUCCGUGAAUUCGAGUCCCUACUGCAGUACCAUAUCGCUACAUAUAUGGAUAACGACAUUGCUGGUCAACCAAAGGCUAUGCAAAAGGGAAACCGACCUGUCAAGGCUUUGCGCAGUCGUCUAAAGGGUAAGGAAGGUCGUCUACGUCAGAACUUGAUGGGUAAGCGUGUCGACUUCUCGGCCCGUACUGUCAUUACUGGUGAUCCGAACUUGUCUCUCGAGGAAGUUGGUGUGCCAAUUUCGACUGCGAAGAUCCUGACCUAUCCGGAGGUCGUGACUCCCUACAACAUUGAGAAGUUGCAGGCAUUGGUCUCAAAUGGACCUAACAUACACCCCGGCGCGCGGUACAUUGUUCGAGACAAUGGUGAGCGAAUUGAUCUUCGUCACGCCAAGCGUGCUGGUGCCCAGCAACUGCUUUACGGCUGGAAGGUCGAGCGCCACCUAGACAACGGCGAUGUUAUUCUGUUCAACCGUCAGCCCUCGCUCCAUAAGGAGUCUAUGAUGGGUCACCGCGUUCGCGUCAUGCCGUUCUCAACUUUCCGAAUGAACCUGUCUGUCACAUCUCCCUACAACGCCGAUUUCGAUGGUGACGAGAUGAACUUGCACGUUCCCCAAAGUGAAGAGGCCCGCGCUGAGCUGUCAGAACUGGCCCUCGUUCCGAAGAACAUUGUGUCCCCUCAGCGCAAUGGUCCUCUCAUGGGUAUUGUCCAGGACAGUCUCUGCGGUAUUUACAAGCUUUGCCGUCGUGACAUCUUCCUUUCCAAGGAUCAGGUCAUGAACAUCAUGCUCUGGGUUCCUGAAUGGGAUGGUGUCAUUCCUCCUCCCGCAAUCCUCAAGCCCCGUCCGCGUUGGACUGGAAAGCAGAUGAUCAGUAUGGCCUUCCCCUCUGGACUUAACCUUCUGCGUAUCGACAAGGACAGCCAGCCACUCUCCGAGAAAUUUAGUCCUCUUAAUGACGGUGGUCUGCUGAUCCAUGGCGGACAGCUGCUGUAUGGUAUGCUCUCGAAGAAGACCGUUGGUGCAAGUGGCGGUGGUGUUAUUCAUACCAUUUUCAAUGAGUAUGGGCCCGACCAGGCUGUUCACUUCUUCAACGGUGCCCAGAGAAUUGUCAACUACUGGCUUCUUCACCAUGGUUUCAGUAUCGGUAUCGGUGAUACGAUUCCUGAUCGUCGCACCAUUGAGAAGAUUGAGGCAGCCGUCCGUGAGCGUAAGAAUGAGGUCGAGCAAAUUACUGCUAGUGCUACAGAGAACACUCUGGAGGCGUUGCCUGGUAUGAACGUUCGUGAGACCUUUGAGAGCAAGGUUUCUCGUGCUCUCAACAACGCCCGUGAUGAAGCUGGUGCUGCUACCGAGCAGAGUCUGAAGGAUUUGAAUAACGCGAUUCAGAUGGCUCGUUCCGGCUCCAAGGGUUCCACCAUUAACAUCUCCCAGAUGACGGCCGUUGUGGGACAGCAGUCCGUGGAAGGCAAACGUAUUCCCUUUGGUUUCAAGUACCGCACCUUGCCCCACUUUACCAAGGAUGACUAUUCCCCCGAAUCCCGUGGUUUCGUUGAGAACUCAUACCUGCGUGGUCUGACCCCCACUGAAUUCUUUUUCCACGCCAUGGCAGGUCGUGAAGGUUUGAUCGAUACUGCGGUCAAGACUGCUGAAACCGGUUACAUUCAACGUAAGCUGGUCAAGGCUUUGGAGGAGGUCAUGGUCAAGUAUGAUGGAACUGUGCGCAAUUCCCUUGGCGAUAUUAUUCAAUUUAUUUACGGAGAGGAUGGACUGGAUGGCGCACAUAUUGAGAACCAGCGAGUUGAUACCAUCCGAUGCUCUGAUGAGAAGCUGCGGGAUCGCUUCCGUGUCGAUGUUAUGGACCCUGAGCGAACUCUUGGCCCUGACGUGCUGGAGCAAGCCAAUGAAAUUGCGGGUGAUAUGGAGGUUCAGAAGUACCUCGAUGAAGAAUGGGAGGCAAUUUUGAAGGAUCGCGCCUUCCUUCGUACUGUCUGCAAAGAAGACGAAGAAAUGAUGCAGCUUCCUAUCAACAUUCAAAGAAUUCUCGAGAUGGCUAGAACUACCUUCCGCAUCCGCGAGGGUACCAUUAGUGAUCUGCACCCUGCUGAAGUUAUCCCUCAAGUCCAAGCCCUUUUGGACCGACUUCUCAUUGUCCGUGGUGAUGAUCCGAUAUCGCGUGAGGCUCAGGAUAACGCGACUUUGCUUUUCAAGGCUCAGUUGCGCAGCCGUCUCGCUUUCCGACGUCUUGUCACUGAUUACUCUCUUAACAAACUGGCUUUCCAGCACGUUAUUGGAGCCAUUGAGAGCCGCUUCGCCCGCGCGGCGGCCAACCCCGGCGAAAUGGUUGGUGUUCUUGCAGCUCAGUCUAUUGGUGAGCCUGCCACUCAAAUGACACUGAAUACCUUCCAUUUUGCUGGUGUUUCAUCCAAGAACGUGACACUAGGUGUUCCUCGUUUGAAGGAAAUUUUGAACGUGGCUACCAACAUCAAGACGCCGUCUAUGACUGUGUACCAAGAACCUCACCAGACCUUCAAUAAGGAGGGUGCUAAGCAGUUACGAAGUGUUGUCGAGCACACCAGCUUGCGAUCCGUCACCGAGGCAACCGAGAUUUACUAUGAUCCUGAGAUCCAGUCUACUGUCAUCGAGAACGAUCGGGACAUGGUGGAGUCCUACUUCAUCAUUCCAGAGGAUGUUGGUGAGGACCCGGCUCACCAGUCUAAGUGGCUUCUUCGCAUUAUCCUCAGUCGGCCCAAACUACUCGACAAAGGACUUACGGUGCAGGAAGUCGCCUCCAAGAUCAAGCAGGCAUACCCUCGUGAUAUCGCUGUCAUUUUCAGUGAUAACAACGCCGAUGAGCAAGUGAUUCGUAUUCGUCAAAUCCAGGAUCACAAGGAUGACGAAGAUGAUGAUGUUGAGUACGAUGUAACCUUGAAGAAGCUCGAGCAGCAUCUUCUUGAUACACUGACUCUCCGUGGUGUUCCUGGUGUGGAACGUGCAUUCAUCAACGAGAAGGGUAUUGUUCGUAUCCUUGAGGAUGGCACUUUGUUCACAAGCAAGUCGGAUCCCCUCUGCAAGGAAUGGGUUCUCGAGACCAGUGGCUCCGCACUCGCUCCAGUUCUUGCGAUUCCUGGCGUGGAUGCUACGCGUACAUACUCUAAUCAGUUCAUCGAGAUUUUCGAAGUCUUCGGUAUUGAGGCUGCGCGUACUGCUGUGCUCCGUGAGUUGACCCAGGUGCUAGCCUUCGACGGUUCCUAUGUCAACCACCGUCACUUGGCUCUCCUGGUUGAUGUCAUGACCGUGCGAGGUUACCUGACCCCUGUCACUCGUCACGGUAUUAACCGUGCUGACAACGGUGCGCUGAUGCGCUGCUCGUUCGAGGAGACCGUUGAGAUUCUUCUGGAGGCUGCCGCUUUCGGAGAGCUUGAUGACUGCCGUGGUGUGUCAGAGAACCUGAUUCUUGGACAGAUGGCCCCCGCUGGCACGGGCGAGUUUGACGUUUACCUCGAUCAAAACCUGCUGAACACGGUUGUGUCAAACCAACCUCGCUUCGUCGGUGCCAAGGAUCCUAUUAUCAACGACGGUGCUGCCACUCAGUACGACACUGGGUCCCCCAUGGCCAGCUCUCCGUACUUGGUAGAUGGCGACCCAGAUUCGGCCUUCUCGCCUAUCCGCCAGCCUGGUGCGGAAACUCCUGGCGGAUUUACCCAGUACAAGUCUGAUUAUGGCAUUGGUGGGUUCAGUCCUGGCGCUCGCAGUCCUGGUGCCUACUCCCCCAGUAGCCCCUUCAAUACCAGUCCGACUUCUCCUGGAUACUCCCCGACAUCAAGUUAUUCUCCCACGUCGCCUGGUAUGAGUAUGUCGAUGACUUCUCCUGGUUUCUCACCCGCCACGAGCCCGUCGUUUGCCCCGACAUCUCCGGCCUACUCGCCGACGUCGCCGGCUUAUGGCCAAGCGUCCCCUACGUCGCCUUCAUACUCGCCGACUUCUCCCGGGUUCUCGCCUACAUCUCCCAAUUAUAGCCCCACGUCUCCCAGCUUCAGUCCGGCCUCGCCGGCCUUUAGCCCGACGUCUCCAAGCUAUAGCCCUACCAGCCCUGCGCUCGGUGGCGGCCGGCACCUAUCCCCUACAUCUCCCACAUCUCCCAAGUACACACCCACGUCCCCUGGCUGGUCUCCUACGAGCCCCCAGUCAUAUUCGCCGACCUCUCCUAACUUCGCUGGAUCAUCGACGUCGCCUACUUCCCCUGGCUACAGCCCAACCUCCCCGGCUUACAGCCCAACGUCUCCGCGUCAGUGA